ACAGCAGCCGUAGCUGUUCUUCUCCAUUUCUCUCUCUCUCUCUCUCUCAUUUAAAUUAUUAGGAAAGCUUUCUAGGGUUUCUCUCUCUUUGUCGGUCAGGGUGGUUGGGAUCGGGCAUCUCCCCGUGGGCACGACAAGAAAUCUCUUGUGAACUCUAGGGCUUCAAUCGUUGAAAUCGUUUCAGCGAAUCUUGUGAUCUGUAGGACGCCAUGGCGGCGAAGAGCGGAGCGCUCCUUUUGACGGAUGAUGCGAUCUUCCCCGUCCUCGCGGGUCUGUCCGCGAUCAAGAAUCUUGCGAGCGAAGUGGUUGUGGAAGAUGAUGAUGUCGUUGUUAUUACUCAAUGCGGUUCCCUAGGAGAAAAGUUGCCAAUGGAGUCAGGGUCUUUGGAUGUUGUUGUUUCGGUCUGGAAGGCACCUGAACUUGUUGGAGAGCAGUGGCUUGAAGAGAUCAGCAGAGUGUUGAAGCCUGGUGGGAGGAUCUUAAUACAGACCCCUCUGCCUUCUGCAGAGCAGGAUAAGCUGAAUUCUACACUCAAGCGCAAAUUACUCGUAUCAGGAUUCUUGGAAGUGCAAGCUUUAGAGUUGAAGUCUUUAUUAUCUCAUGAGGAUGUUCAAUCUGUAACGAUUGAAGGCAAAAAGGCAUCUUGGUCGUUGGGGUCAUCUUUCCCCAUUAAAAGAGCAGUAAAGACUGUUCCCAAGAUUCAAAUUGAUGAUGAAUCAGAUCUGAUUGAUGAAGACAGUCUCUUGACUGAGGAAGACUUGAUGAAACCACAGCUACCACCUGUUGGAGAUUGUGAAGUUGGAAGCACAAGGAAAGCUUGCAAGAACUGCGUUUGUGGUCGAGCUGAGGCAGAGGAGAAGGUGCAGAAACUGGGGCCGACCGCAGAGCAGAUCAACAAUCCUCAGUCUGCAUGCGGCAACUGUGGGCUCGGGGAUGCAUUCCGGUGCGGUGGCUGCCCUUACAAAGGUCUUCCUCCAUUCAAGUUGGGCGAAAAGGUUUCCUUACCUGGUAACUUUCUUGUGGCUGAUAUAUGAUGGUUGAGAAGAGCCAGCAUUGAAGUAGGUUGAUGUUCUUUGUCACCAUUUCUUUUUUGUUCUCACUGUUAGAUCCUUGAUUGUUGGUCUUGCACUGAAAGAAGAAUCAAACUGAUAGAAAAGAUUUGAUUUGGACAGACUUUUUGUUCUUGAUGAAUGAAGAUAAUCAAAUCUCGGUUCAU